AUCUCUCUCCCUACCUUGUACCAAACAGUGUGCUUUCAAGAUGAAGCACUGUGGCAACCUUUCUCACGGAGCUCAAUGUGUGAACAAGAUUUUCCAUCCAUUAUCGCAAACAGAAUUUCUCUAUUUCAGCAGGUCCUUGUGGUCCAAGCUGUCAGGCCAGACAGACUACAGAGUGCAAUGGCUCUUUUUGCCUGUAAAGCUCUGGGGAUAAAAGAGUUGUCACCUCCACCGCUGAAUUUGAAACGUCUGUACAAGGAAACCUUAGAAAUUGAACCCAUCCUGAUUAUUAUUUCCCCUGGUGCUGAUCCUUCUCAAGAACUGCAAGAACUUGCAAGUGCUGAAAGAAGUGGGGAAUGCUACCAUCAGGUUGCCAUGGGCCAGGGCCAAGCUGACCUAGCUGUACAAACUCUCAAAGAAUGUGCCCGAAACGGAGAAUGGCUUUGCUUAAAGAACUUACAUCUUGUGGUGUCAUGGCUUCCUAUCCUGGAAAAGGAAUUGAACAGUCUUCAGCCCCAGCCUGGUUUUCGUCUUUGGCUGACUGCCGAAGUCCAUCCUAAGUUUUCUCCCAUUUUGCUGCAGUCAAGUCUGAAGAUAACGUACGAGGCACCUCCGGGACUGAAAAAGAACUUAAUGCGAACAUAUGAAUCUUGGACUCCAGAGCAAAUCAGCAAAAAGGGCACUGUAACUCGAGCCCAUGCUUUCUUUAGCCUGGCUUGGUUUCAUGCUGCAUGUCAGGAAAGAAGGAAUUAUAUCCCUCAGGGCUGGACCAAAUUUUAUGAAUUUUCUUUAUCUGAUCUUCGUGCAGGGUAUGACAUUAUUGACAAACUCUUUGAUGGUCCCAAAGACUUUCAGUGGGAAUUCGUGCAUGGUUUAUUGGAAAAUGCUAUAUAUGGAGGUCGUAUAGAUAAUUACUUUGAUAUGCGGGUUCUUCGAUCCUACCUGGAACAGUUUUUUAAUUCUAGAGUCAUUGCUGACUCAAAUUUCCGGACCAAGAAGAUGAGCAGAUUUCCAUAUUCCAUCUCUCUACCUAACUCCUGCAAUAUAUCGGAUUACCGUCAAGUUAUCGAAAGCCUUCCAGAAGAUGAUAAACCUGAUUUCUUUGGCCUGCCCGCCAACAUUGCACGCUCAUCUCAACGAAUGAUUAGUUCCCUAGUAAUUUCACAACUUCGGAUUUUGAGCAGGUCUGUAACUGCUGGCUGCAAAUUCGACAGAGAUAUCUGGUCUAAUGAGCUUUCUCCAGUCCUCAAUCUGUGGAAGAAGCUUAAUCAGAAUUCCAGUCUGAUUCAUCAAAAGGUGUCUCCCCCUACCGAACGGCAAGGAUCCCCAAUUCUUUCAUUCAUUAUUCUGGAACAGUUCAAUGCCAUCCGCUUAGUUCAGAGUGUCCAUCAAUCCCUUGCUGCUCUCAGUAAAGUAAUCAGAGGUACCUCGCUGCUGAGUUCAGAAGUACAACAAUUAGCAAGUGCUUUAUUAAAUCAGAAGUGCCCCCUCGCUUGGCAGAGCAAGUGGGAAGGUCCAGAAGAUCCUUUACAAUAUCUCAGAGCUGUCGUUGCUCGAACGCUCGCUAUCCAGAACUGGGUUACUAAAGCAGAAAAGCAGACCUUGCUCUCAGAUAUCCUUGACCUCUCAGAACUGUUCCAUCCAGACACAUUUCUAAAUGCCUUGCGACAGGAGACUGCAAGGGUGAUGAACUGCUCAGUAGACAGUCUAAAAUUCACAGCAUCGUGGAAAGGUCAAAUACGAGAAGCAAAGCUCCAGGUUCAGAUCACUGGCCUUCAGCUGGAAGGCUGCAGUUUUGAUGGAAAUCGGCUUUCAGAAAACCAGCACGACUCCCCCAGCGUGUCAUCAGUGCUCCCUUGUUACAUGGCCUGGAUUCCACAGAAUGCUUACGGGCCCUAUUCCCCCGAGGAGUGUAUCUCUUUGCCCGUCUACACCAGUGCUGAGAGGGACUGCGUUGUGACUAACAUUGAUGUUCCGUGUGGAGGCAACCAAGACCAGUGGAUCCAAUGUGGAGCAGCUUUAUUUUUGAAAAACCAAUAA